AUGGUCCAAAUGGCUCUUUGUUGCCAUUUGAACAUCCCUUUCUGCCCACACACAAAGAUCUUGGAGGAGCUUCGAAUUGUGACCAGACUUCCAAUGGAAUCACCAAAGAAGUUGAACCCGGCCUUGAGCCCAGAGUCUUCUCAGAUGUCCACUGAGGACAAUUCUCAGGAAGAUUCAGCUGCCUGUCAGCCUGUCCCAGAAGGGUUAAUAAAGAAUCUCCGUAACCUGACUCUCAACCCUAGUAUCAAACUCCCAACCCCUCUGCCAGACUAUCCAUCUGAACAGCAGAGCCAAGAGCAGAACCCACAGGGCACAACCUACAAGAGGCGGGGAGUAAGGACACUGCUGUCUGUGAGGAGAGAAUUGAGGGAAAGGAUGGUGAAAAUCAGAUACCAGUACCUCAACCGAUUUUCUCUGGGACCCCAGCAGAGGUCAACAGCCCAUGAAGAGCUGCCCAUCAAUUUGCCAGCAGUUUGCUUCUCAGAUAUAUUACUGAUUAUAUCUGUCAAUGUCAGCCAGCUGUCUUCCUCUCCAGACUUUGCCUCUUCACUAACUGUGAACUACGCGGAAUUACUGACUCGCUCUAAACUUCAGCAGCCUCAUCACAAUAAAAUUCCUAGCUCAUAG